AUGGCGAAGAACUACCCGACCGUGAGCGCCGAGUACAGCGAGGCCGUCGAGAAGGCCAGGCAAAAGCUCCGCGCCCUCAUCGCCGAGAAGAGCUGCGCCCCCCUCAUGCUCCGCCUCGCGUGGCACUCCGCGGGGACGUUCGACGUGUCGACGAGGACCGGCGGUCCCUUCGGCACGAUGAAGAACCCGGCGGAGCUGGCGCACGGCGCCAACGCGGGGCUGGACAUCGCGGUGCGGCUGCUCGAGCCCAUCAAGGAGGAGUUCCCCAUCCUCUCUUACGCCGAUUUCUACCAGCUUGCGGGAGUUGUGGCCGUGGAGGUCACCGGUGGGCCUCAGAUCCCCUUCCACCCCGGUAGGGAGGACAAGCCUCAGCCCCCACCGGAGGGCCGCCUUCCUGAUGCCACUAAGGGUUCUGACCACCUGAGGCAAGUAUUUGGCAAGCAGAUGGGUUUGAGCGAUCAGGACAUUGUUGCCCUCUCUGGUGGCCACACCUUGGGAAGGUGCCACAAAGAGCGGUCUGGUUUCGAGGGGGCCUGGACUACAAACCCUUUGGUCUUUGACAACUCUUACUUCAAGGUACUUCUGAGUGGUGACAAGGAGGGCCUUCUUCAGCUCCCAAGUGACAAAGCCCUGCUGAGCGACCCUGCCUUCCGCCCUCUUGUGGAGAAAUAUGCUGCGGAUGAGAAGGCAUUCUUUGAAGACUACAAAGAGGCCCACCUCAAGCUCUCCGAACUGGGGUUUGCUGAUGCUUAA